AAUAGUCUUGAAUUUACCGGUCGAUACAGGAUGAGAAUAUUAGAGCAAUUUUAUUCUUCUUGCAGGGCGAAAGGGAAAUAGACAUUAGCAGCGUAAAUUAAUUACACUACACAGGUAAAAGAUACGCCCGUCUUGUGAAGGUGUGUUGAGAAGACGGACAGAGGAAAAAGUUGUAAACUAAUGCAGAUAAGAAAGCCAGAGUUUUAUUUCGUCUCUCGUAGUAAAUCAGAAACCUUGACCCUCAAGUAAGAAAUCAAUAUUUAUAAUGGAAUUCACCAAGUGCUCUGUUAUUAUGUUGUUAGAAAGUUAUCACCGAGUUCGUAAUGAAAUUUUGAAUUUCGAUGGAUUUACGUGUUUAGAAACCGUUUAGUUUUGGUCGUAGUUUUAGACAUUUUCUAGUGAAUUUAGAAUACGUUUUGCAACGGACAAAUUAUGGAACUAAAUGUAUUCAUGUAAAUAUUAAAAGGAAGUACCGCACGUAAAUACUUGUUUAUAAGUGUAGAAUCUAGUUUAGAAAAUAAGUUGCACAAAUUAAAAAAAACAAACAAACGAAAAGUUCCUUUCGUCGAAGUUUUAUUUUCCCCCUCAUCGAAAAAAUAGUUGGGGUAUUUAGAGCAUAAAAGUUUCCAUAAGCCGCAUGCUGUUCCUGAUAGUUGUAGUUUUCACUUUAUCUCAGCUUUUAUUGGCCCCUCUCGUUGUCAUUUUUACUACGGAUCUCGAUUCCUAACCGUCUGCCUCUAUCCCCUCACUAUAUGGUUCGUCCACCUUCCUUCCCUUACUUUGGCGCUGCUACUUCUCUCAGUUCUUAAAACAGCCUUCAACAAUCGCUCAGUUGUUAAGAAAAAGAAAGAAAGAAACUACUCUCACAUAACAAAACCAAAAAGAAAAACAAAAAGAAAGGAAGAAAGCAACAAAGCCGAGUUAAGUGCCACUAAACUUACUUUCCACGACUGCUGCUUUCGUUCGCAACUAGUGCUUUCACUGCAACCCCAACACAUACACAAAACAGAAUAAUGCUGGUAUGGCGGAGACUAUCCUACAGUCUCUGAUACCCGGACUGGAUACGAAUUCAUUUGAUUGUUCUUACCUAAAUUCGGAUUCAAAAUCUGAUAUUGGUGACACUUCUUCUCAGGGUACCAACGAUGACCGACCGGAUAAAGAUCUUGGAGGCUUGUUCGAGGAUAGGUUCCGUGUCGACCGAAGAAAAUUGGAACGAAUGUUACAAGUCUCUGAAAAUUUGCACAAUUCACCAGAAAAACAGCUCAAUGGAUGGACAAAUUGUCAGAGACAAGGAGAGACUUGUGAAUCAGCCGGGGAGUUUUUCAAACGAAUUAUGAAAGAAACUAAUACAGAAGUUACGUGGCCAUCAAAACUGAAGAUUGGAGCCAAAUCUAAAAAAGAUCCUCACAUUAAGGUAAUUGGGAUGCAAAAUGAUGUCAAAGUGGCCAAAGAUAAAAUAAUGAGCAUCUUAGAUACAAAGGGUAAUCGGGUUACACUGAAAAUGGAUGUCUCUCACACUGACCACUCGCAUGUCAUUGGAAAAGGUGGUAACAACAUCAAGAAAGUCAUGCAAGGAACAGGCUGCCAUAUCCAUUUCCCAGAUUCUAAUCGUGGCAACAAUGUCCAAGAAAAAAGCAACCAGGUUUCUAUUGCUGGCCAGCCAUCUGGAGUGGAAAGUGCUCGUAUCCAAAUUCGGGACUUGCUCCCUCUGGUAUUCAUAUUUGAAAUGUCAUUAUCACCUUCAUUAGCAGACCCAGCCUCUUCUCACCUGGUGCAUUUACAGAAGGUUUACAAUGUAACGAUAAGCUUUAAGCAGAAGCCUCGGUCAUAUAUGACCAUCAUAACAGUGCGGGGUUCUGUCUAUAAUGCCAAAAUGGUGAAAGAAGCGACAGCUCGUCUCAUGGAACAUUUGUUGAAUAAUGUUGGAGGUGUAAGUUUAACUGUCAGUAUGCAGUUGGAAAUUGCUCCUCAGCACCAUUUAUUCAUGAUUGGUCGUGGAGAUGUGAAUAUUAAACAGAUAAUGCAACGGACAGGGGCCAGUGUCUACUUUCCUGAUCCCAAUAAUGUAAACCCUUUACGAAAGGGAACUGUUUACAUAACUGGACCCAUUGAAAGUGUCUACCAAGCCCGACAACAACUAAUUGGAUGUUUGCCCCUUGUAUUGAUGUUUGAUAUCAAAGAAGACAUUGAGAUUGAACCUGCUAGAAUUAGCAUGUUGAUGGAGCAACUGGAUGUAUUUAUCAGUAUCAAGUCAAAACCAAAACAACCCAGCAAGUCUGUCAUUGUGAAAAGUGUUGAGAGGAAUGCUGCUAACAUGUAUGAUGCUCGAAUUCAGUUGUUGGGUUUGGAUAAAGAAACCAACAACAACAGUCUACCACCACCUUGCAGUGCUAGCACUAAUGGUACCAUUAACAAUCCAAACACUAAUAUGCUUGGAUUAUCUUCUCUAGGUUAUGUGAUGAAUGGCCACAGUAAUUUAUCAACUAUGCUCAGUCCAGCCAACAGCCCCAGUUCAAACUGUCAGUUAAACCAAUGGGUUGCACCUCCACCAAGUGUGUACGGUCAUCGUAUGAUGGUAAUCAAUACAGGUAGUCAAGCCUCCAUACCUUCACCAUUAGAUAUAUUCUCCUCACAGUGCAAUGGUCUCCAUAAAGGAUAUUCUAACCAAACCAAUGGCUCAGCAUCUCAAACUAUUCCAACCACAUCUACUAAUACAGAUCAAGGUAAUCAAAACCCCAAUGAAAAUAUAUCACCAACCCCACUUCAAAAUCAUUGUGAUAUUCCAACUGAUUUCCAGUAUUCCAGUAAAUUCAACAACAUGUUUAACAAUGACCUAACUUUGGGUUUACUUGACCUUGGUAAACCAUCGUCACCCAUGGCCAAGUUGCAGACAACGAUUUCAAAUGGAGAACUAGCAUCUUCUCUUCAUGAACGAUCAUCUGAAUCUGGCAAUGACUCUGAAGGAUCUGAUAAAUGGGCCCCAGGAAGUGAAAGGAAGAAAUGUGCCACAAGUGGUAAUGGUUUCUUUCCAAAUAACUCCAGUCUUCAACAAACAACUGAUGUUGAUUACGAACACAGGAAAUUAUUAGCUACGAAAGCAAUGCAAAAGAAACCAGUUGGCGAGUCUAGGGUUCCAACCAACACUUGGUCUGGCAUGGGAUUCUCAAAGUCUUUACCAGAAUCAGUUAUUCGGAAUCGUCUUGGACAAAGCACAUCAAACUACAGUGACUAUAAUCUCAUAACUCCUCCCUACCAACAAAAUAUGACAGAUUUUCCAGAAGUUAAUCGUGAUCCUUGGAAGGAUUCUACAAAAGCUUUAAAUACUCAAAUGCCCACACCAUUGUGGGAAUAUUCCAGUCCUAAAAAGAGAUUUGAAUUUGGUCUAAGUAAUAGCAACCAUGCAGAUAGUGCAACUCUCCCCACAAAGGUAUUGGCUUGGUCAUCUGAAACAGAUCUGGCUGAGUUAUUCAGCAAAUUAGGACUUGGCAAAUAUACAGAUAUUUUUCAGCAGCAAGAGAUUGAUCUUCCUACUUUUAGAACAAUGAAUGACAAUGACUUACGCAUGCUGGGUAUCUCCACUUUUGGAGCACGCAAGAAAAUGUUGCUGGCUAUUACAGAGUUGAAUCACAUGAAACCCCAACUUACGACAACAGCAAUAACGGCAUCGACAGCAAUAAACUCAAACAACUCGUUUCAGGAAAACGAGGCUACUGCAUGGAUGAACAAUCCAAGAGUGGACAUGGGAAGUUUAAGUGGACGAUGGUAAAAAAAUCCAGUAGACACACACAAACAUGCACACACAUACACACAUAUAUGUGCAGACACCUCAUAGUACCAAAGAUACAAGUGUAAUUAUGGCAUUUAUUCGCUAUAAUGAGUGAGGCAAUGGCCAGCCUUAUUGUUGGACAAUGGUUGACUAUCACAACUAUCAACAAUUAUUCUAGUCAUUUUUUUUUUUUUCCAAAAUUUUCUAUUUGUUCUGAUCACCAAACUACUCUAAUAUUUACUGUUAGAUUUCCAAAUGGCUGCACUGAAAGGAGAGUUCUUUUUUACAGGAUUUUUAUUUGCCAAAAACAAAUAAAUUAAUCAGGUGUAUAUAUACACAAAUACACACACACACACACACAUAUAUAUAUGAGGUUGUCGGAUUAAUUUGUUUUGUUUUUCAUUAACUAUUCUCACAGUCAAUAAUAUAUUACUGACUAGUUUAUUAAAACUGUUGAUGAAAAAUUAGGAUUAAGAUAAAUAAAAAAAAAAUAAAAAAGUAAAUGUAUUUAUCUGACAACCUAAA